CUUCUACAUUUUUUACGACUGUAUUAUGAUGAAUGCAUUUUUACGACAUCAUAUGUCAAGUCGGUUUACGGCAACAUGGCAGCCUGCUGUCUCGAGCAGGUUUUCUGUAAUCUCUUACUGUAAGACUCUGAAGUUUCAUCAUGGUCACGCGGACAAACAGCGCGAUGCGGGCUUGUCGGUAACGAGGGGCUCGUGAAAAUGAUGACGACGUGUUUUCGGCGGAUUCCUAAGCCGCUGCUUCGUAAUGGAGCAAAUUUUCCUGCGCUGUCUGCGAGUGUGUGUCGGCUCGAGCCUCCAUUAUGGCGGCUGAGACACACACCUGUCACGGAAUGCACGAGGUUAACACAACCUCAGUUAAGCGGGUCGUGGCUUUUCGGACUUAAGUGGACGGAGAGCCGUGUCUCCUACUGGAGUGGGAUCCUCCCACAGGUAAGACAGACGCCCCGGAUUGCGCGAGGCUCUGUGUUCGAGUAUCGGGGAGGUCACAAUAGGUCGACGGUCAGUUUCCGGUCCCUGCUGCCCCCUAGAGCUCGAGGACUGUGCAGUGGGAAGACCGAGAAGGCGCCUCAAAACCGUGACGAAGCAGGUGUGGUACCUGGACAGGGACUGUUCAAAUUCAAAGAGCUGGUGAGUUACGAGAACCCAUGGACGAUCCCCAACCUGCUGUGUGUGUGUCGCAUUCUGCUGGCUCCGUUCCUGGGUCAUCUGAUAAUCCAGAAGAACUUUGACCUCAGUCUGGCUCUGUUUGCGCUGGCAGGAGCGACUGACUUGCUGGACGGUUUCAUCGCCAGAACGUGGCCCACUCAGAAAUCUGCUUUGGGCAGUGCUCUCGAUCCACUGGCCGACAAGAUUCUCAUCAGUAUUUUAUACAUCAGCCUCACCUACGCUGAACUCAUACCAGCUCCACUGACAGCUCUGGUGAUUUCUAGGGACAUCGGUUUAAUAGCUGCUGUCUUCUGGGUCAGAUAUAAGACUGUACCUCCACCGGUGACGCUUAGUAAGUUUUUUAACCCCUGCUAUACCACAGCGCAGCUCAAACCCACACUCUUCAGCAAGGCCAACACAGUCAUUCAGCUCCUCCUAGUCGCUGCUUCUCUUGCUGCUCCGGUCUUCCAGUACACAGACAGCCUUCUGCUGCCUUGCUUAUGGUACAUCACAGCUGUGACGACAGCAGCAUCAGGAUACAGCUACUGGCAUUACGGCCGCAAGACUGUCCAGGUGCUGAACACCAGGUCGCCAUGAGAACCGCAGCUGGAAGCACACCAAAUUAAAAAUAAAUAAAAAACAAAACUAAAAUAGGAAGCAGCUUCUGCAGAGACACUCAUCAGAUGUGGCAAACGAAGGACAGACAUGCAGAUGGACGAUCGCCAGGAGCUCUGAAAACAAGUAGCUGUGACAACCAUUUAUGGGUUGCCAUGACAAAGACAGAAAAACAACUGAAGCCGCAGAUGGUUUAUUGCAACACUACAGAAACAGCAGCCGCUCUGGGCUAGAACCAAGCAAACAAAAAUAUAUAAAGACAAUCCACCCACACCCUGAAACAUACAUGUCAACUGAUGCAGCAGAAGAUUUUAUUUUUCUUCUUUUUCCAAUCAGCAGGUUUUGUAAAGUUUACCAAAUGAUUGUCACAUGACUGUCAGUUUUGUAAGCCAAUGAUUUAUAAUUAAAAAUUUUAAUCUGC